AUGCCUCAUAACCAUCAAUCUCAACUGCCAGGGACCAGCCCAGAUGCUCCAUUUUACACUGCACCACCACCACCACCACACUACUCCACAGUAAACCACACAGUGUGCUCCAGCACCCCUGCCCCCUGCCCCCUGCCCCACCCCGUGGACACCUCACCUAACAAGAAGAAGGCAAGGAGAAGAAGGCAAGGAGAAGAAGGCAAGGAGAAGAAGGCAAGGAGAAGAAGGCAAGGAGAAGAAGGCAAGGAGAAGAAGGCAAGGAGAAGAAGGCAAGGAGAAGAAGGCAAGGAGAAGAAGGCAAGGAGGAGAAGGCAAGGAGGAGAAGGCAAGGAGGAGAAGGCAAGGAGAAGAAGGCAAGGAGGAGAAGGCAAGGAGGAGAAGGCAAGGAGAAGAAGGCAAGGAGAAGAAGGCAAGGAGAAGAAGGCAAGGAGAAGAAGGCAAGGAGAAGAAGGCAAGGAGAAGAAGGCAAGGAGAAGAAGGCAAGGAGAAGAAGGCAAGGAGAAGAAGGCAAGGAGAAGAAGGCAAGGAGAAGAAGGCAAGGAGGAGAAGGCAAGGAGGAGAAGGCAAGGAGGAGAAGGCAAGGAGAAGAAGGCAAGGAGAAGAAGGCAAGGAGAAGAAGGCAAGGAGAAGAAGGCAAGGAGAAGAAGGCAAGGAGAAGAAGGCAAGGAGAAGAAGGCAAGGAGAAGAAGGCAAGGAGAAGAAGGCAAGGAGAAGAAGGCAAGGAGAAGAAGGCAAGGAGAAGAAGGCAAGGAGAAGAAGGCAAGGAGAAGAAGGCAAGGAGAAGAAGGCAAGGAGAAGAAGGCAAGGAGAAGAAGGCAAGGAGAAGAAGGCAAGGAGAAGAAGGCAAGGAGAAGAAGGCAAGGAGAAGAAGGCAAGGAGAAGAAGGCAAGGAGAAGAAGGCAAGGAGAAGAAGGCAAGGAGAAGAAGGCAAGGAGAAGAAGGCAAGGAGAAGAAGGCAAGGAGAAGAAGGCAAGGAGAAGAAGGCAAGGGAAAAAUUAA